GAAGUUUUUUGUGGAUUAUAAUUGACAGAGAAAAUUAAUGGAAUGCUCGCGGGGAAGGCGGAUGAGUUGAAACCACAGAAAGAGCUGAAAUCGCUGAAGAUUCCGAGGAAGUUCGUGUUUCGUAAUGGAGAUGGAUUCACUGCCGAGCUUCACGUUAACGAAAUCAUGCACCCGGACUUCGGGAUGUACACUUGGCCCUGCUCAGUGAUCCUGUCCCAGUACAUCAUCCACAAUCGCAGAGAUUUCAGUGGGAAACGCGUGUUGGAACUCGGAGCUGGAACUGGGCUCAGUGGCCUGGUGGCUUUGAAGUGUGGUGCUCAAGCAGUGACAUUCACGGAUCGCGAUUCUGUGGCCCUGGAAAACGUGGAGUCUUCCGCGAAAGAAAACUGUUUAGAAGAGUCGUCAUUCACCGUGAAAACGUUGAACUGGGGCGUGAUUUCCCCGGGAUUGCUGCGAGAUUUCGAAGGAUUCGAUUUCAUUCUUGGGGCGGAUUGCUUUUUUGAUCAGACCGUGUUUCUGAAGCUGAUUGUCACUGUUGCCUAUUUAUUGGUGCAAAAUCCUAGCGCAGUGUUCAUCACAUCGUAUCAAGUUCGAAGUGCAGAUUGGCAAAUUGUUGACUUGCUGACGCACUGGAAGCUGAAGUGCGAAGCGAUUCCAUUGACAGAUUUUGGAGGCGACAAAGAAUCCCUUGGAGAGACGGACAUCAUUGGCACGCAACAAUUUCAACUGCUGAUUAUUAGUCCAGCAUGAUGGAUGAUAUUAAUGCCGACUUCAAUCUGGCGUCUCAGUACGUUCGCACGUUGUCAUCCCUGUCAGUGGAAAAGAUGCUGGAAUUCUACGGUUUGUUCAAGCAAGCGAAAGAAGGGCCUUGUAAGAUUCCCAAACCCGGCUUGUUUGAUUUUGAGGGCAAGAAAAAGUGGCAAGCCUGGAAAAACGUCGGUGAUUUGUCUCAGGAUGACGCGAAAGCCCGUUACAUUGACGUUUUGGACAAUCUGGAGCCCGAAUGGCGGGGUAAAAUGGAGACGGGGAAUGUGGCCAAGAAACCCGCGGGUUUUGGCGUAUCUGUGAGUUCAAUGUACGCCAAAGAAAAGGAGAAGGACUCUUCCUCCGACACCAGUUCAACACUUCACGAUUUCAUAGUCUCGGGAUCUGUGGACAAAGCAAAAGAUUUGUUGAAUUCUCCGGACGCCGCCAUGUUGGUUGCAGCACGGGAUCCGGAUUCAGGCCUCACCCCAUUGCAAAUGGCGGCGGAUCGUGGCCAAGCCGUCAUUGUGGCAGCCAUUUUGCGUGUGCCUGGCGUAGACGUGAAUGUUGCAGACGCGGAAGGACAAACAGCGUUGCAUUAUGCUAGUUCCUGCGGACACGGAGAAGUUGUUGAUUUGUUGCUGGCUGCAGGGGCAGACACGGGAGUCAAGGAUAAUGAUGGGUUGGGUCCUGUCGACGUGGCUUUUGAUGAUGAUGUGGCCAGGCGAUUGAAAAGAUCUUCGUGACCCGAAAGGCGCUGUUUUGGAAUGCACUAAGAAUGAAAUUUCCGCAAGCGUAUUGUUUUUUUUUUCUUCGUGAAUUACCCAUUUUAUAUUUUUAUUCAGCGCUUUUGAGCGAUGAAACAGGAGAGAAUUGUUUCCUUUUAUGUGCUUUCAGCAGAAAAAAUUGUUUUCUUCCAAGAAAAUAUUGAGGAAAAAUGUUUGUAUACGGUUGGUAGUUCUUUCAAUAAACUUUUGAUUAAUUUCAUUACGUCCAAUUUCUGAAAUGAACUUUGUUGAGCACGGUAUAAAGCCUAAGUGAAAUUAAGAAACUUUCUUCAAUUAUGACUGUUGUUGUUCUGGGAGAGAAAAAAAAACGCGAAUGUUGCUCAUGUGGAUUUUUGCACGAAGAAAUGUCUCAAUAAUGAGAAAAUUCGUGAAAGGAAAAAAGUAAAAGUUUGUCUUUCAUGCACUUUUUGUCCUAGGUUUGUCUAUUUUUGUGUGUGUGGAUAAUAGUGCAAUUCCGGCUCAUUUUCAUGGGUUGUCUUUAUUCAUCUUUCUCUAUGCAAAAAGGCUCAAAUUAUUUAUUGGGAUACAAUUUUAUUCAGAGGUUUUCAAAUAACGAGGUUUGACUUAGCAAGGCGUAAGUGUAUCAAUAACAAUUUUUCAGGUCAGGUAUUUGCUGUAAAACAAACUUCUAUACACUGCGUCACCAUUUCCGACGAUGAAUCCGUGCAAAUUUGCGACCACUUUUUCAAAUGAUGCAUUGCAUCAAAUUGAUGAAAACUUUGAUCUUUUUAUUGAGUAGAAUGAUGCAAUUCACAGCAGGAGAGCUCAAAUAAGAUCUUACUUCUGAACAGACUCAGCAUUGUUCAAUAUCUGUAAAAACACUUGAGUUUGGCAAUUACAGAGAGAAAUUCCUCUUCCAGCGCAGCUAUUCAGCUGUCGCAAAAACAAAAUAAUAGUUUCUUGAGCCAUUUUUCACC